AAUAAUCUGGUAGUAGGAUAUUCUAGCUGUUAUGUACUUGCAUAAAAUAACAUUAUUAUUUAUCAGUUAGGUAUUUACGUUCUAAGUAAACUACUUCGAUUCUAUUAUACAUCAGUAUAUAGGUGUAGUUCAGAAGUCGUAAAAUGAUGGAUCAUAUUAAUGAGUUUAAGUAUUGAUAUGUUUAACAAACAUUUUAAGACAGUAAGCGGACGUCCUUCAAAAACAACUUGUCAAGUGUUCUGUUAAAGCUAUCUUAUUUUACAAUUGAAGUGAAAGUAACUUAACAACAAAGUGAACAUUUAGGUGAAGAUAAAACAACUGUUUUAACGUUUUUAAGUUCAAGUGCUGAGUGAAAAAAAAAACAAAAAAAAAACAAAAAUGGAAGCGUCUGAGUGCAACAAGGAGGAUGCACUCGAUUUGAAAGAGAAGAAAAGCGCAGAUUUACGCGAUGAAAGUGGAAAUGAAAUCCACGGCGUGGAAUUACCAAAGAAACCCCGCAUGUCAAAGAAAAUGAUUAUGAAAAAUUUGCUGGUUAUCAGUAUCGCUUUCUUACUUCUCUUUACGGCAUUCCAGUCUCUACAAAACCUUCAAAGCAGUUUGAAUAAAGAAGAAGGUCUUGGCACUGUAAGCUUGUCUGUGAUUUACGCGUUUGGAAUUGUGGCGGGGCUCUUCUUACCUCCCUUGGUGAUCAAUAUUGUAGGAUGUAAAUGGACACUGGCGGCCAGCAUGUUCUGUUACGUUGUGUUUAUUGCAGCCAAUCUGUAUGCAGUAUGGGGAACAAUGAUACCAGCUUCUAUAAUCAUAGGUACCGGAGCUGCAACACUGUGGGCUGCCAAGUGUACAUACCUCACUAACAUUGGUGCCUGGUAUGCUGAAAUGACCAAUUCAUCUAGAGACGGAACCAUUAGUGUUUUCUUUGGAGUGUUCUUUAUGAUAUUUCAAACGAGUCAGGUCUGGGGAAACCUAAUUUCAUCAACAGUAUUCAGUCAAAAGAUUCCAGAGAACUUGAAUAUUUCUGACGAUGUGCUUGAGAAAUGUGGUGCCGCGUACUGUCCGUCUGACUAUCAAAACAACACUAAUCUAGACAGACCCGAUAUGACGAAGAUUUAUACUGUUUGUGGUAUAUAUCUUGGCUGUGCGUGUUUAGGCAUUGUAACAAUUGCCAUUUUCCUAGAUAAGAUAGAUCAUGAGACAGACGGUAGUCAAAUGAGCACCAAACAGCUUCUGGGGGCAAUAGCUCGACACUUUUACAAUUCCAAGUAUCAAAAGCUAUUAAUACCACUGACCAUGUACAGCGGAAUUGAAUCAGCUUUCAUUGCAGGUGACUAUACAAGGUCAUUCAUCAGUUGUUCUAUGGGAGUAUGGAACGUUGGGUAUGUCAUGAUUGCAUAUGGUGUGGCUGACGCAGCUUGCUCGUUGAUCAUAGGGAGGCUGGUAAAAUACACUGGAUUCCUUCCCUGGUUUAUCUUAACGUUUAUACUACAUGGAGGGACACUGAUAACUUUGUUGGUGUGGAAGCCGAAUCCUGAUUAUCUCAUUCUGUUCUAUUUGUUUGCAAUAUUCUGGGGUAUAGGAGAUGCAGUCAUACAGACGCUUGUAAAUGCCUUGUAUGGUUAUUUAUUUACACACAAGCCCGAGUCAGCUUUUGCCAGCUAUAGAUUGUGUGAGUCAGCGGGAUUUAUCAUAGCUUUUGGCUACAGCAGUUUUAUAUGUACAGACAUCAAGAUCUACGUGUGUCUGAUUUUUGUUACUGUAGGAACUUUGUUGUAUUGUGUGGUAGAGGCGAUGCAAAGGAAACAAACAAAAUACAAAGUGGAUAUCUGAAUCAGUGAUCAGUAUAUAUUUUGAGGACUUGUAUCCAAUUUUAUGACAAAUAUAAAACAAAAUGUUUAAGGAAAUAGUAUCAGUUUUUUUCUGUCGUAAAAAGUGCAACAUUCAGUAUCACACAAAGCAUCGUCAUAGAAUAUUUUUUACAAUGACUAUAUGUUAUAAGUUUAGUAUGCAAAAACGCCAUUUUCACCUAUCCAUUUUUAAAGAUGGUUAACCAGAUUCUUUCCAGCUUUGACGGUGGAGGAAGACCCAAGGUGCCCCUCCGUGCAUUCUUUCAACACGAGUGGGCACCUGGGUAGAACCACCGACCUUCCGUAAGCCCACUGGAUGGCUUCCUCACAUGAAGAAUUCAACGCCCCGAGGGAAGCUCGAACCCACAUCGAUAAGGGGCAAGUGAUUUGAAGUCAGCGACCUUAACCAGUUGACCUAGGAGUCCCCGUAGAUUAUUUUAGCAAGUGUGUAAAUUUAAUAAGCAUACUUUCUCUAAGAAAUCAUAUGAAUAUAAGAACUACUGUAUUGUAAUUGUCAAAUGUUUACGUUUACAAAUAAAUACUGCCAAUUUCAGAAAAGCUCGCCGAAUGGGCGUUUACAUCAAACGCAGGUAGUAAAUGACGUAGCUGCCACUGUAUUGAUCGGUAAGAGAGUAAUUUGAUGACGCUUGUAGUUUGCUCCACCCAAACGUAUAUUUCUAUCGGUAGCAGCAGUGGAAAGCAGCCUCGUAAAGUGUUAGUUACAAAAGUGAAAUGUUACGGGAGUUUAUUUCAGGAUAAUCCUGCAUAAUCAUACAUGUGCAUGUACACAUACGCAGCAUAAUAUACACUUAAACUAUUUACAUUAUAGAUCUGAACUGUCCGAAGACCGACAUUGAUGUGUAUAAUUUUUAUUUAUAAGCAACUCUGGACGAAAUACAACACAGCUGGUUUCAUGUAUUUAUUUUGAAUUGAUGUAUCUACAGUUCGAUUACCAGGUCAUACGUGUUUACACGCUUUCAAACCAAAAUUUCUCUACUUACAUUUAAUGAACUUUCUAAUGUUUUACUAUGUUUUGUUUCAGCUUGUGCUCAAGUUCUUCUUAAAACUAGAAACGCUGAACUACGGAAGCAGGAGUUAAGGUUACAAAACGCAAUCUUUAAUGUUUACAAACAUGAUGUUUACAAAAACGAACUGUAUAUAGUCUUCGUAUUAUAUCCAAGGAUGUCAGUCAUGGAUUUUUUUUUUCAAACGUGGAAAAUACCGCUUAUUAUCGAUGUUGUCUUCCGCAUUGAACUAUAAGGUUCGUUUACCCAUUUUGCUUUCAAUUGUGAAAAAACAAACUCGGCAAUAUUUAUUUAAAACUACAUGCAGUAUCUUGUCAAAAUACAACUGAAAGUUUUGUCCCUAGAAUCGUGAACGUCUGGUAAUACCUAGUACAUGUUUGUAUAAUGCCUUUCUUCUGUUUCAACCUUUAGCCUGAUUGUGGCAAGUGCUUCUGUCUUUGCGACCAGUGCAGACCAAUAUCAGCAUGCACGUCCGUGCAGUCUGAUCAUGGUCUGUACGCUUCGCCAUUCAAUCAGUAUCUUUUUUGUAAGUACCCCUUUUAACAGUUAAUGUUACUGUCCAAAUUGAAAGAUGAGAUGGACAAAUUCACUAUAGAAAUUUAGCAGGUUAAAGGUUUAGAGCGCAACUUGUUGCAUUUCGUUCUUGUUACAUAGAGAAUAGAAACCUAAGAUCAUGCACUAGACUUUGUAAUAAAAACUUUAUUGUCCAGUU